CUUAUCUUGAUUAUUAGAAUUAGCUGGAGACCAUUUCGGAGGAUAAACAUCACAUCCGACCGGUGUCAGCAAACGAUAACGAACGCGCAAAUCAAUGGUGAAUCUGAGAGGGCAAGCGCCGGGCCAGACUACCAUAUCAGUCUAAUUCUAGUCCUAAUCCAAUACGUUUCGUUAAUUAUAAAGGGUCGUCUUGAAAUUUCACCGAAAAAUCUCUCUCUCUUCUCCAGUCCCUCUCGGUUAAUCAAUUUUAUCAUCCCAAAAGAGUACGGAGAUGCAGAGGUUUUCCUCUGUGAGGUCUCUCUCUGCUCUACUCCUCCGGAAGCAGAGACAACAUGCUUGCCUUUCUACGUCUCUACUGUUCGACGAUACCCAGUUACAGUUCAAAGAAAGUGUAGCACAAUUUGCACAGGAAAAUAUUGCCCCACAUGCUGCAAAAGUGGACCAGACAAAUUACUUUCCAAAGGAGGUUAACUUGUGGAAGCUUAUGGGGGAUUUCAAUCUCCAUGGAAUUACCGCACCAGAGGAGUAUGGAGGACUUGGUCUCGGUUAUUUAUACCACUGCAUAGCAAUGGAAGAAAUUAGCCGUGCUUCUGGAUCUGUUGGCCUUUCUUUUGGUGCCCAUUCAAACUUAUGCAUAAACCAGUUGGUCCGAAAUGGGAGUGCUACUCAGAAACAGAAAUAUUUGCCUAAGCUGAUCAGUGGGGAGCAUGUAGGAGCUUUGGCAAUGAGUGAACCCAACGCUGGUUCUGAUGUUGUUAGCAUGAAGUGCAAAGCUGAUCGUGUCAAUGGUGGUUAUGUUUUAAAUGGGAACAAGAUGUGGUGCACAAAUGGCCCAAUAGCACAAACACUGGUUGUUUAUGCAAAAACAGACAUUACAGCCGGUUCAAAAGGAAUCACCGCAUUCAUUGUUGAAAAAGGAAUGCCAGGCUUCAGUACUGCUCAGAAAUUAGACAAACUUGGUAUGCGAGGAAGUGAUACAUGUGAGCUUGUUUUUGAGAAUUGCUUUGUUCCUGAAGAAAAUGUUCUUGGGGAAGAAGGGAAAGGGGUGUAUGUUAUGAUGUCGGGGCUAGAUCUGGAGAGGCUUGUUUUAGCGGCUGGGCCCGUUGGUCUCAUGCAGGCAUGCCUUGAUGUUGUUCUUCCUUAUAUUCGUCAGCGAGAACAAUUUGGUCGUCCAAUUGGGGAAUUUCAGCUACUACAGGGAAAGAUUGCUGAUAUGUAUACUUCUUUACAGUCAUCAAGAUCAUUUGUAUACUCUGUGGCAAGGGAUUGUGAUAAUGGAAAAGUUCACCCGAAGGAUUGUGCCGGAGUUAUACUUUUUGCAGCUGAGAGGGCCACAGAAGUUGCUUUGCAGGCUAUCCAGUGUCUAGGUGGUAAUGGCUAUGUGAAUGAGUACCCAACUGGUCGACUUCUUCGAGAUGCUAAAUUAUAUGAGAUUGGGGCAGGCACCAGUGAGAUCAGAAGAAUAAUUAUUGGCCGUGAGCUCUUCAAGGAGCAAUGAAAAGUGCACCAUUUUGUUUGGAUCGCAUGAAUCUUGUAACCAUUCCCCUUGCAAGUGGCAACCCUUCAAAACAAAUCUUGUGACCAUUCCCCUUGCUAGUGGCAACCCUUCAAAACAUUCUUUGGGCUAAUCCCCAUUUUUAAAAGAUAUUCUCAACAGAAAUGAAAGCAGAGAAUGUUAUUGAAUGGGUAUCUAUCCCCCUCCCACAAGGAUUCAUAAUUUGUUCCAAGAACUGGGUACAAGAACUGGGUACAAUAAUGUACUGAAUAUGUAUUGUUUAUUGAAAAGAAGGGAAAUUUCUUCUGA